UGGAAGCUAGAACUAAAAUCUAACAUGAUGUGGCCAAUAUUCAUCCUCAAAACAAAAGAAGAAGAAAAAAAUGAAUCAAAAUCAUAAAAAACUCCCUCCCUUUCUUCUCUCCAUUGUGAAAACACCUAUUUACAUAGGCUUAUUUAUAUAUCUCUACACUCACAAACAAUCUAAUCCAAGAAAAAGACAAGAAACCCCUCAUAAAGUGUAGCUAAAUUACAUCAAAUGGCCACUUCUCCUUCACUUUCUUUAAAUCAUCAUCGUUCUUCAAUUCCAACAACACAAAAUGGGGUUUCUUGGAAUUCAAGAAUUAGUGUUCCUAAACGGUGUUACUCAAGUGGAUUGACUUCAAGAAUCAAAGCUAGCUCUGUUGUUGCUGUUGAACAGGAAUUGAGAACUCCAGCUCAGGAUACUAAAGAAGCUGAAUUGUUUGCUUGCCCAAUUUGUUAUGAACCACUUAUGAGAAAAGGCCCUUCAGGAUUUAACGUACCAACAAUCUACAGAUCGGGCUUCAAAUGUGAUAAAUGUAAUAAGUCAUAUUCAAGCAAAAAUAUCUACCUUGAUCUCACUGUGACUUCCGGAACAAAAGAAUAUAGAGAAUCUAAGCCAACUCGGACUGAGCUAUUCAGGAGUCCAGUUGUUUCAUUCCUGUAUGAGAGAGGCUGGCGUCAAAGUUUUAACCAAGGUGGUUUUCCUGGUCCUGAUGAAGAGUUUAAUAUGGCUCAAGAGUACUUUAAAGUGGCUGAAGGUGGAGUUCUUGUAGAUGUUAGCUGUGGCAGCGGAUUGUUUUCCAGGAAAUUUGCCAAAUCUAGGGCCUAUUCAAGAGUCAUUGCACUUGACUUUUCUGAAAACAUGCUUCGCCAGUGUUAUGAUUUCGUCAAGACUGAUGAAAGUAUCUUAAGCUCCAAUCUAGCUCUUGUAAGGGCAGAUGUUUCCAGAUUACCCUUCUUUUCAGGAUCAGUCGAUGCUGUACACGCAGGUGCUGCCUUGCAUUGCUGGCCAUCUCCAUCCAAUGCAAUUGCUGAAAUUAACCGGAUUUUGCGUAGUGGGGGUGUGUUUGUUGGUACUACAUUUCUUCGAGUUAAUCCUACAGCUCCUACGAUAUUGAAGGCUUUGCUGCAGGGUGCUGGACAAUCCAGUCUAACUUACAACUUUUUUACUGAAGAGGAGAUUGAAGACUUGGUGACAACCUGCGGUCUUGUCAACUAUACCAGUAAAGUUCAGGGCUCUUUUAUCAUGUUUUCCGCACAAAAAUGCUGAUCUUUGGCUGGUUUAAAGCACAUUAUUUUCCCUGUUUUGGUAUAUAAUUGUACUCAUUUCGAUGUGCAAUGUAUCUCAACCUGUAGAUAAUAGUAAAGUUGAUUCCGGCAGUUAAAGAUCAUUCUUUAUUGUGAAUAAUACUGCUGUUUAAGACAAUGUAACUGGACACUAUCAGCGCACAUGUAAUAUGCAUUUAUGGUACUUGCCAUCACAGGUUUAUUGGAAUCUACUUCUAUAUUUUUAA